UCCAACACUUUUAAAACACACGCGCUCAAAAUCUAUCUCUGUGCUGCCCUAGCUAGCAGGGCACUGAAAAGCAUCGUUUGCAAGCAGACUUCCAACUUUCAUGGUGUCGUCCUCGGGAAGGCCUCGGGGUUAAACGACACCAACUUUACGGGGAACCGAUUUGAUUCCCUUUCUCGACCAUGGAGCUAUCAUUCUUUUUCACUUACAUCCUUUGGAUUUUACUUUCCAACACGGUCUCAGCUCAGUAUUACGAUGGAAUAGAUGAUAUAGAUGACGCAACUGUAUGCAUUUUUGACGGUGUAAAGUAUCUUGACCAAGAAGAAUGGAAACCGGAUUCCUGUACAUCUUGCAGAUGUUACUUGGGUAAUACCGUUUGCGAUACGGAAGAAUGUCCAGAUUUAGAAUGUAAAACUCAGAAGUACAUACCUCUAGGAAAAUGCUGCCCUGUUUGUGCAGAGGAGGAGGCUGUUUUUGGACCUGAAGAAACUGUAAGCUCGAGGCCUAGACCAUCUUAUCCUGAUCGAACUGUCCCUGCUCUUGGACUUCCAGAUCAUGUUGUGGUACCAGUUGUUGGACCUCCUGGCAUUAGUGGUGAACCAGGAAUUCCUGGAUCUCCUGGAGAACGGGGAAAUCCUGGGCACCCUGGGAGUCAUGGAUCACCUGGUCAACCUGGCCCACCUGGACCUCCUGGACAUUUAGGAUAUAACUGGUUUAAUCAGUUGGCUCUUCAAGGCGGUAAUGGAGAUAAAGGUCCUGCUCCUGAUGCUUUUCAUUUUAUGCAAGCUCAAGUUGGGCCUGUUGGACAACGAGGACCACCUGGGCCUCCUGGACCAUCUGGACCUCAAGGGUUUCAAGGAAUAAGAGGCGAAACUGGAGAUGCCGGCCCUGCUGGACCACCUGGACUUCCAGGACCUCGAGGUUUACCAGGAAUACCUGGAAAAGAUGGAGAGCCUGGAGAAGAUGGUAGGCCUGGACCUCCUGGGCCACCUGGUCCUCAAGGAUCAAGAGGUCCACCUGGUUUACCUGGAUUGCCUGGAGCUAAAGGUCAUCGUGGAUUUCCUGGCUUAGAUGGAGCCAAAGGAGAACAAGGAGUUGCAGGUGAAAAAGGAGUUGCAGGUACACCUGGAAAAAUGGGAAUACCAGGCCCCAUGGGCCCUCCAGGAUCUAGAGGAGAAAGGGGUAGAGAAGGACCCCCUGGGCCUCCUGGCCUUAGAGGAGUAGAUGGAUUACCUGGACAACCAGGCCCGACUGGACCAAUAGGAAGAUCAGGAUCACCCGGAUUUCCUGGUUCACCUGGACCAAAAGGAGAAGCUGGUGCAAUCGGUCCAAAAGGUAGUCAAGGUGAUCAAGGAGUAAGAGGUGAAGCUGGCAGUCCCGGUGUAAAUGGAGAAGCAGGUCAACCAGGUCCUGCUGGAAAAGAUGGCUUGAAUGGUGAGAGAGGAAGUCCAGGAGAUAGAGGGCCUCGUGGCGUACCUGGAUUUCCUGGAGCUGUUGGACCGCCUGGACUUGUUGGCAGUCAAGGAUUACCUGGACCAAAGGGUUCGCAGGGAAAUCGAGGCGAACCUGGAGUCAGAGGGGAAUCUGGUCGUAAGGGAGAACAAGGUUCAGUUGGACCUAGAGGCCUUCCUGGACCCUCUGGUAGUCAAGGAAAACGAGGUAAAUCUGGUCCCCCAGGUCCUCAAGGUUCUCAAGGACCACCUGGUGAACGGGGUCCAGCAGGCUUGAGAGGUCUUCCGGGUCCUGAAGGUAGUGCUGGUGCAAAAGGAAUUCCUGGUGAUCGGGGUUUGGAAGGUUCUCCAGGGCCAAAAGGAUCACAGGGUGAAGCUGGUCGCCAAGGUCCCCCUGGAAUGCAAGGAUUAAGGGGAUCUCCAGGAUCAUCAGGAAUAUCAGGAAAAGAUGGAUCUCCGGGAGAUAGAGGUCCUCCUGGAUUAGAUGGAAAACAAGGCCCCCCUGGACCGCAGGGUGUCCAAGGAUUGCCAGGAUUAAUUGGAUUACCAGGAGUUAAAGGAGAAAAGGGAGACAGAGGUACUGAUGGAUUACCUGGAGUUCAAGGACCUCAAGGUAGACGAGGUGAUUCCGGUAAAGACGGAUUACCUGGUUUGCAAGGUGCACGAGGUCCACCAGGUCAACCUGGUUCUAAAGGAGAAGCAGGACUUCCAGGCUCUCGAGGCUUCCAAGGAAUUCCUGGUUUAGUUGGUGCUGCAGGCCAGCCUGGAAAGAAUGGUGAACCAGGUACUCCUGGAGCUCCAGGACAAAUCGGACCACAAGGACAACGUGGAGAGAGAGGAUUCCCUGGUGAAAGAGGACCUGCUGGUCUCCCUGGACCAAUUGGAAUUCGCGGAGAAACAGGACCAGCUGGAAAAGAUGGUGCUGCUGGCCCAAGAGGUGAAAGAGGGCCUAAAGGAAGUGCAGGUCCAUCUGGAUUAUUGGGAUUACCUGGUAGACGAGGAGACUUUGGGCCUCCAGGUCCGAAGGGUGAACGUGGUGAUUCUGGCCCCAUGGGUCCUGCUGGCUCGCAAGGAAGGCCUGGUGAACCUGGACCAAUGGGAUUAAUUGGUGUUCCUGGCAAUCAAGGAGAACCAGGUGAAAAGGGAGCAAUUGGCCAAGUUGGUCCUCAAGGAAACCCUGGUCCACAAGGCCUGCAAGGUGAAAAAGGGCAGCAAGGUUCUCAAGGACAGCAAGGAUUCCCUGGACCUGUGGGUCAUCCUGGGCCACCAGGCAGUAAAGGAGUUCAAGGAUUAACUGGAUCUAAGGGUGAAACUGGAGAUAUUGGACCUCCUGGACCUCCCGGCCAACGUGGUGUGCAAGGUUUGCAAGGACCUACUGGAGAUACUGGGUCUAAAGGUGAUGAAGGCAAAAAGGGCCAUGCUGGAUUUCCCGGUACUCCUGGAUUGCCAGGAACUCCUGGUGUACCUGGGAAACAAGGUAAUCCCGGCGUGUCUGGCUCAUCUGGUCCACCAGGACUGAAAGGUCCAAAAGGGGAUUCUGGUAGAAUUGGCACACCUGGACCACCUGGUACUCCAGGCAUUCCUGGAUUUCCAGGAGCGAAAGGGGAUGUUGGAUCUGAAGGAAGACCAGGACCUCAAGGGCCUGCUGGUCCACCUGGACCUUCUGGUGAUAAAGGUCCUCCCGGUCUGCCUGGUCUGCAAGGAAGACAGGGUCCUCAAGGUACUAAAGGUUCUCAGGGGGAAAGAGGCCCGGAAGGCAAGCCAGGGCCAGAUGGAAAUCCUGGAUUACAAGGUUUGCCAGGACAACCUGGUCCUACUGGUGUACCGGGAGAAAGAGGACCAGAAGGACCUUCAGGAAAGGAUGGACCUCCUGGUGCUCCUGGUAGGGUUGGUGAUAAGGGACCAGCUGGUUCACCUGGAUUGCCUGGUCCAACAGGUUUACCUGGCCUUCAAGGCAUCCCUGGUCCAUCAGGACCAAGUGGACCUCCUGGAGAACGAGGCCAGAGGGGAGAAAGAGGUAUACAAGGUGCUCCUGGACCUCAAGGGCAGCGAGGUGUACCAGGCCCUAUUGGUUCAACUGGAGAUAAAGGCCCCAAGGGUGAUGUUGGAGCUGCUGGUGAGAAAGGUCAUAGAGGUUUAAUGGGGCUACAAGGGCUUCCUGGACCUGUGGGUCCACCCGGAGAUAAGGGCAUGACUGGAGAACCUGGACCACCUGGAAUGAAGGGUCCAGCUGGGCCUAAAGGUCCUCCAGGCAAUCCAGGAAAUCCUGGGCCUCCAGGGAUAUUAGGAAUACCAGGACCUAGAGGUCCAACAGGUGAAUCUGGAAGAGAUGGACCUCCUGGUCUUACAGGCCCACCUGGUCCUCCUGGUCCACCAGGGCCAGGUUUCCAAUAUGAUGCUGCUGCGUUGGCCGCAUUAAUGUCUCAGGGACAAGUUAAGGGACCAGAUCCUCUUUUCGGUGAUCAACCAGAUCUAACAUCUGCUUCAGAUGAAGAGAAAAAAGAGCUAAUAUUUAAGUUCUAUGAAAAGCUGGUGAAAGAUUAUGCAGAAUCACGAAAACCAACUGGAAAGAAAGAAUUCCCUGCUAAGACAUGCAAAGAAUUAGCCGAAGCACAACCUGAUCUUCCAAGUGGGAAAUAUUGGAUUGAUCCUAAUGGAAACAACCGUAAUGAUGCUAUUGAAGUUUUCUGCAAUAUGGCGACAAAAGAAACUUGUAUAAUACCAGAUCCUGAUGAGAUACCACGAGAAAGCCAUGUACGAGGACGUGGACAAAAAACAUGGUUCAGUGAAAUGGAGUCUGGAUCACCCUUCCACUACAAGAUCGAUCAUGGACAGCUUACAUUCCUUCAACUUUUGAGUGAAAAGGCAUCCCAGAACAUUACUUAUCAUUGUCGCAAUUCUAUUGCAUAUUAUGACGCUAAACAUAAAUUCUUCAAAAGGGCUGUUCGAUUAAUGGCAUACAACGAUCUUGAAUUAUCAGCUGAAGGAAAUAAACAUUUUGUCUACACCUCUUCAUUUGAUGGCUGCCAGAAAAGAGAUGAUGAUUGGUCCUAUACUGUGCUACAUUAUUCCACUGAAAAGCCUCAGAGGCUACCUGUUAUUGACAUUGCACCACGAGAUGUUGGCUUACAAAAUCAAGAAUUUGGCAUUAGUAUUGGACAAGCAUGCUUUGUGUGAUCUCAAAAUAUAUAAAAAAAAAAUGAAAUAAAUUAAGUGUGAUAAUGGAUUUUCUACCUUAUAACAACAAAUAGCCAGUAAUUAUUGAGAUGUCUUUCGUGCCAUAUUUGUAAAGAAAAAAAAUCACCGGUAUUUGUAUUUUUUACUGAAUGUCAUUUCACGAAAAUUUUUGUCAAGGUUUGAAAUGCUCAAGUGUAUUUUUCUUCCCGAACUAAUGAGCAUUUUAAAGCUAUUUCAACACCAUAGUAUUUUAUGUCUUACUGAAGAUUGUUAAAUAUUUCACUGCCAUUUUUUGCUGUAUUUAUAACAUUUUAAUGGAGUUUUAUUAAAAAAAUAUGUUUCAA